AUGUCCUCCACUACGAAAAUUGACCUUAACCAGGUCUCCUACCUGCUAAUUACCGGCGCGUCCCGAGGAAUUGGUCAACGCAUGGCAAUCGAAACGGCACGGAAGCUCAAGCCUGGAUCCAUUAUAGUUUUGUUGGCGCGUUCCGCAUCCGGAUUGGAAUCGACUAGGGCGGAAAUUCUGGAAGUCAAUUCACGUAUCACUGUCGUUACGAGUUCGGUCGAUCUGGGUAACGCUUCCAAACAGCUACUGGAGGACAUUAUCGAAAAAUCUUUGACCAAGACACCGGUUAGCAACUUUGAACUGGCUACGAUCAUCCAUAAUGUUGGUACUAUCGGCAAUGUGGAACGCAAGGCCGUCGACAUGUGUGACCGUCAAGAGUGGGAAGAAUAUUUUGCUACAAACGUGUUCACCGUUGGUGUUCUAAAUAGCUGCUUUCUGCACAAAUUCAAGGAAUGUGCCAAAAAAUUGGUUGUGAAUGUGACCUCGAAGGCGUGCAUGGUCCCGUUCAAAAGUAUGGGAUUCUAUUGCGCCGGAAAAGCUGCUCGAGAGAUGUACUUCAAGGUGCUGGCCGACGAAGAAACCGAUCUUGUCGUUCUGAAUUACUCUCCCGGUCCAGUUGAUACCGAUAUGACCGUUGACAUUCAAGGUCGUUCCAUGGACGAAGGAACGCGCAACUAUUUCAAGGAUCUACGAGAGACCACCACGAUUCUCACCACCCAGCAAACAACUGAAAAGUUUCUGAGCAUUCUAGAAGCUGGCCAAUUCAAAUCCGGAGACCACGUUGACUAUUACGAUUGAUCGUGAUCGAACGUUCCUUUCCCAUAUUACUAUUGCUUAUUACUUGUUCUGAUUUUAUAUAGCUAUCCUUAUAUACUCAAUACAUUCCGAAUAAAUGUGCAUUAUAGCUGAAAGCAGAUAACAA